CUAUUAUUUAUGAGAAAAUAACGCGGAAGUUUUUCAGCGCCUCGUCACGUGAUCGUCAGCAUCCAUGGCAACGGUUCUUUUUGUGUUGUUUUGAACUCCGCUCUGUCAUUGGCAUCUGAUCUCGGCGUCCUUCGUGGCAACUGAUUCCCAGAUUAUUGAUAUUAUUGAUUGUUGGAUACAUCGAUUGAUCGUCUGCUUCUCCCAUCAUUCAGGUUUGACCCUUGUUAUCACACUGUGGUUUGUGUUCAGUAUGUCUUGUGUUCAUUACAGGUUUCAGAGUCGACUCACCUACGACUCGCUCCAGUUUGAGGGCCUCAACAUCACUGUGGGAGAGCUGAAGCGACAGAUCAUGAGGCGCGAGAGGCUGAAGUUCUGCCAGCUGAAGAUCAGCAAAGCCCAAACUGAUGAAGAAUACACAGAUGAUGAUGCUCUCAUCCCUAAAAACACAUCGGUCAUCAUCAGACGGGUCCCUGCGGCUGGACUGAAGUCCUCCAACAGAAGAUUUGUUGGACAUCAAGCUGGAUUAUCAGCCAAAUCUUCUCAAACAGGUGAUUCUUCACUCCUCUCACUGGAGCAGCUGUUGGAGGUAUUGAACAAAUGAUUAAUUCACCCCACUGUGCUGCUCUGUAUUGAACUGCAGUGUUUGCAUUUGAGGCGUCAUAAUGACAUGUAGUGCAGAAUAUCAAUACA